AUGUGUCUUCAAGACGGUGCCUUCCCACUAUGGCACAUUUUCUCCGCCUUCCUCUGCACAUCCAUCAGUGUGCUUUCCCAACCAGCCGGCCAUGUCGCGUUCAUCGAUGACUUGAAAGUCAACGCCGCGUUUCUAUCACCCAUCACAGGGGCGCUCUGGUCUCUACGCACUGUAUUCGGGGUUAUCGGGUGCAGGGUAUCCAACUUGGCGGAUCUUCGCGCAGCGCUAUGGAUCGCCUCGGAGAAGGAGUUCCAGAGCCAUGGUGGACCAUAUGUGAUGAGUGCGCUCGGGCGAGGACCACGGAAUAGCUACGUUACUGCCCGAUGGGUGUUUUUCGUCCUCGUCAGCCUCCCGCUUUACCUCCGUCUGGUCUACUCCGUCCAAAUCUGGUGGGCGACAACAUGGGCAACCUGCCUGAUAGUCAAAUUCCUCUUGCUGGAACUUCUGACCAGAUACUACGACCCGCCGCGGACAAGGAUACUCGUACACACGACCUGGCCCGAAGUCCCGCUCAUCACUCUGUCCAGCACGCGAACACCCACUGAACCCAGUAAAUCCGACCAGAGUAGUCCUGUCCAGGGCAAGGAGGUCGUGGCAGAAAAAAGCAUAGACCCCAACGACGCAAAGGCCCUUCUCCCGCUUUGCACCCGCAUCGAGAAAUUCUGCUCCGUCGUGACGGAAAGCCCCGACGACGCAGAACGAAGCCGCAUGACCCCCGUAAAAGACUUCUACCUCCGCAAGGCGCUGAACCACGAAUCGCUUGACCCCAGACUCUGCUGCGCGCAUACGCGGUGUCGCCUGUUUAAACUGUUCCAUAUCCUAGGCCAUUCAAUGCCCUACCUAUCAUUGGCCCUCGAGGCUCUCGUGGUCCUAUACCUAGGCCACCAGAACCUACGCACAAUAACCGUCCUCGCCUCGGGGUGGAUCAUGAGACCCCGCUGGGUGAUGUUUGCCGUCUCCCUGGGUACGAGAAUUACCGUUGUCCUUCUGCUGCCCAUCUUCCUGGGGUCGGUGGUGAUGGCUGUUCUGCGUGUGCGCGGCCCAGCUACGGAGGUGACGUUUGCUCGCCGCCUUUUGGAGGUUAUGUGUUUGACUAUCCUGGCGGUUGUCUGUGUGGUUUAUUUCCUUGCGUUUGGGUAUCCGCCUGUUUCUCCGUUUGCUUUUGCGUGGGUGGGGGAGGUGGUCGUUGUUCCGGUUAUACUGGUAGCAGGGUUUCAGUUGGCCAGAUGGCUUGUGCGAGGGCCGCCGCGGCGGAAUGGGCAAUGGUCGACUGGCGAGGAAUGGAGGACGAUCAGCGAUGAGAAGAAAGUUGCAGAUGACCCGCCGCUAUUGGAGCAUCUGUUUGUGUUUGCUUGGACGGUGGUGUUCGUGAUUCCUGCGGUUGUUGUGUGGGUUGUGAAGACGGUCUUUUGUGCUGCGAUUGCCUUACAGGAAGCGGAGAUUCAGAGGAGGUUUGAGGAGUAUUAUGAGCGUCCUGGAUUUUAG